UCUCCUCUCCCUCCCCUCUCCCCUAGCCCUUUCCAAAGCCUUAUCCCACCGGGAAUGCAGACGUAGCCCUGCAGCAGUGGAGAGUGAGGGUUCGGGGAUCGCCAUGUGCCAGCUCUGAGAGAGCGAGAGAGAAACCAGGGAUAGCCAGGGCUAGGGAAAUCAGGGAUACCCGGGGGCAGGGCGUGUGCAUCCGAGCCUUCAGUGCCACAUCGAUGUUUUCUAACGCCAGGCAGAGGCAAGAAAGAAAAGGAGAUCCCAAGGACCAGAAGACGACUCCAGCUCUCUGGUGAUGGCAUGGACCGGACACUUCUCCAGCAGCUUCCUUACCUACCUCCCAGCCCCGUCCGCAUCCAGCGUCCCCGAAGCACCACGGCACAAGGCUGAUGCAGAGCUGCUCUCAGCAAGCUUCCUCUGUUGGUAAAGAAAAUAUAACCUGAUCAAGACUAAGAAAAGCAUCUACAAGCAUCAUGUUGUGAUCAGAUCCUUUGCACAUGGAAUUUUCAUGCUUCUCUUCUUUAAUUCCAUGAAGUAUAAGGAAGGCACAUGGAUCACACCUUCCCAUCCACCUCUGAACGCUGGUGCAUCACAACCUGAAUGGAGCCUGCACUGAGCCCAGCCAUGGCCGGAGAUUCCAGGAUCUUCAUGAACCAGGACAUGGACAUUGGUGUUCAAUCCAGGGAGCCUAAGAAGAUCCCCAAGCAGGCUCGGGAUGAUGUCCCCAUCGCCACUGACCGCACCCGGCUGAUUUCAGCCGAGGGCAAGAGGCCGCGGCAGCGCUACAUGGAGAAGAGCGGCAAGUGCAACGUCCACCACGGCAACGUCCAAGAGACCUACCGCUACCUUAGCGACCUCUUCACCACCCUGGUGGACCUCAAGUGGCGUUUCAACCUCCUUGUCUUCACUAUGGUCUAUACCAUCACUUGGUUGUUCUUCGGGUUCAUCUGGUGGCUCAUUGCCUACAUCCGGGGGGACCUGGACCACCUGGAAGAUGAGAACUGGAUCCCCUGCGUGGAAAACCUCAGUGGAUUUGUUUCUGCCUUUCUGUUUUCUAUCGAGACCGAGACAACCAUUGGGUAUGGCUACAGGGUCAUAACGGAGAAGUGCCCAGAGGGCAUCGUGCUGCUCCUGAUCCAGGCUAUCCUGGGCUCCAUUGUCAAUGCAUUCAUGGUGGGGUGCAUGUUUGUCAAGAUCAGCCAACCAAAGAAGAGGGCUGAGACCCUCAUGUUUUCCAACAACGCAGUCAUUUCCAUGAGGGAUGAGAAGCUCUGCCUCAUGUUCCGGGUUGGAGACCUCCGCAAUUCCCACAUUGUCGAGGCUUCUAUUAGAGCCAAGCUGAUUAAAUCCAAACAGACCAAAGAAGGAGAGUUUAUCCCCCUGAACCAAACAGACAUCAACGUGGGGUUUGACACGGGGGACGACAGAUUGUUCCUGGUGUCGCCGCUCAUCAUCUCGCACGAAAUCAACGAGAAAAGCCCCUUCUGGGAGAUGUCUCGCACCCAGCUGGAGAAGGAGGAGUUUGAAAUUGUGGUCAUCCUGGAAGGAAUGGUGGAGGCAACAGGCAUGACUUGCCAGGCUCGCAGCUCCUACAUGGACACCGAGGUGCUGUGGGGACAUCGCUUCACUCCCGUCCUCACCCUGGAGAAGGACUUCUAUGAGGUCGACUACAACAGCUUCCAUAGCACGUACGAGACCAACACCCCCGUGUGCUGCGCCAAGGAGCUGGCGGAGUCGCGCCGCGAGGGCCAGCUCCUCAGCCACCUCCCCAGUGCCACCCUCCUGGGGGGGGGCAGAGAAGCAGACCCAGCAAAAGAGGAGGAAGAAGAAGAGGAAGAGGAGGAGGAGGAGGAAGGCAAGGAGCCAGCAGGACUGAAUGGAGCCAAUGGGACAGCAGGAGAGGUGAAAGAAGAUAUACCUGUAUAACACAGGAACUGCUGGAUGGUAGAUACCCACCUGCACUGGGAGGAGCUGCUGGAUGGUAGAUACCCACCUCAUACCCACCUGCACUGGGGGGAACUGCUGGAUGGUAGAUACCCACCUGAUACCCACCUGCACUGGGGGGAACUGCUGGAUGGUAGAUACCCACCUGAUACCCACCUGCACUGGAGGGACUGCUGGAUGGUAGAUACCCACCUGCACUGGGAGGAGCUGCUGGAUGGUAGAUACCCACCUCAUACCCACCUGCACUGGGGGGAACUGCUGGAUGGUAGAUACCCACCUGCACUGGGGGGAGCUGCUGGAUGGUAGAUACCCACCUGCACUGUGGGAACUGCUGGAUGGUAGAUACCCACCUGCACUGGGAGGAACUGCUGGAUGGUAGAUACCCACCUACACUGGGAGACUGUGGCCUGGCAGGCUGGGAACUGCCUGGGAGCCAGAGAGCUGAGAUCAAUGCUCAAACAUCUGCCACCUGCUGCUUGAUCCUGGCGAGCCACUGCAGAGCACUGUGCCUCAGUUUCCCUCCCCUUUCUAUCUGUACAGCGAGGUUCUGAGCUUUGCACUCGUUUGUGAAGAGUUUGGAUCUCCAAGGACAAGGUUCACCAAAUAGCAUCACUGUUAAAGUUGCAAUUCCCACCAUGGAUUGCUGCAAAAUAUGUUUGUUGGGUGUCCAGAAUUAUUCUCCCUUGAGAAAGGGCAUUUACAAAGUCCAGAAUGUCCCAUAUCAGAAUGAAGAAUGUGGUUUCAUACCUUCACUUACUUUGUGAGUCAAUGUAUUGUAGACAUUGUUACUGCUAAAUUAAAAGGAGAGUUAAAAAAA